GUUUUAAUGAAUUCCUCUUUCAUCAAUAAAAUUUGAAUUAUUUGUUCAGACAUAGUUGCAGACAAAGAUAUUGGCAUUUUAUGAAGCAAUGAUCAUUGCCUUUGUGUAGGUUGAGCCAAAGACUUUCUCAAAACAACAAUUGCCUGAGGAGAAGAAAUGUGUCCAGCUAAAUGCUCAGUCUGUAAAACAGAGCUCGAUUAUAGACAAGUUGAAACAUUGCUUGAUGAAGACCAACACUGAGACUACUCUUUGCACUGCACUAAAGCUCUCAUGGAUAAAAGCAAGUAUGAGGUAGUCUGCUGUCCAUAUUGCAGAUAUCAUGAGAUGUGGGAUCUGGAAUCAGAAGGCAUCACUCUCUUCUGUGGGUAUGAAAACUGUAAGAAAAUCAGCUGCAUUGUAUGUUACAAAGAAUAUAUGUUUGCCGAUGACUCCUCAGGAGAUUGAGAAUCAGAGUCCCAUGAGAAAUGCUACAGACUUAAGAAGAUCAAGAAGGACUGGGAUCAGACAACUUAUGAAGGAUCUCAAAGAUUUUGUCCCGAUUGCAAGUAUGGUGGGAUUAAAGAUAAUGCCUGAACCCAUAUGAGCUGUCCCCAAUGUAAGUCUGAAUGGUGUUAUGUCUGUGGGAAGAGUAGCAAUAUAUGAGACAAAUCUGAUCCAGAAGGGAGUCUCUACAGCCAUAAUGAGGAGUGGGAGAGUAAUGACAAGAGAUGCCCAAUGUAUUUAAGUUUAAUUGGAGGAGUUGAUCAGAGAUGGAGUACAAGAAAUGACGCCGAAGCAAAACAAUUUCUUCACAAAAUCCUUAUUUCCAAGGCAAUCAGAGAAUUUGAAGCAAGAUACUCUCCAAAUGAGCUGAAAGAGUUUUAUGAAACAUACUCAGAGAUCUCCACUAAUCAAUACAAUAUUGUAGAAGCAAGGAAAAUAGAUCCGAGACUAAUAAUCAGAAAGCCAAAAGCUUCAAAAAAUCGGGAUAAAUCUACAUCAAAAGGGGAAUGUAUAAUUUUCUAAAAUUUCAACCUUAA